GAAAGCUCCGAAAGCUUACCCCCAACGCCGGGUCCCGCGCAACCUCACUCCAAUCUCCACCAGCCUCACCACUUCUGUCUCACGCCCGGUCAAGCUUACGAGAGGCAAUAAGGGGGAACUCGACGUCGUCUCACGCAAGCCAGGCCAUGGCCGCCGCCAUGGAUCUGUCGGAAUUCGAAAAGGACCCGCGCCUCUUCCUAUUCACCUCCCUCACCGCCGGCUCCUCCCACAUCAUCACCGCCACCUCGCGCUUGGAGACGAUUCUCAAGGCCAACAAAAUUCCCUUUCAGGCCAUUGACAUUGCCACUGAUGAGAAGGCGAGACGGCUGUGGCAGCGACGCGCGGGAAAGAAGAAGCUGCCCGGCUUGGUGAAGGAUGGCUUUGUGCUCGGGGACUUGGAAGAAAUCGAAGAGUGGAAUGAAUUUGGGGAGCUAAAGGAGAAUAUCGGCGACGUCCCCUCCAGCAGUGUCCCUCCCCCAGCCGGCGCCAGACAAGGCGUGAAUCUUCGCCCCGUGGAAUCUACGAGCCCACGACAGACCGACGACAGCCAAUCUGUGGACGUCCGACAUCCAUCGUCGAGCGAAACUGCAUCAGCCCUGCUCGACUCAUCAAGUCGCAUAGCGCUGCCCGGCGCGGCGGAGAUUGCUGCUCGCAACAAGGCUCAAUCUCCUACUGCUGGCGUCGCCGUGGAGUCGCCAGAGGCGGUGGAGACCGUGCCGUCUGCACCUACGGACAAGACUGAGAGUGCCCCUGCUGCCUCCAACGAGCCUGCGAAGGAAGGACAGCCUCCCGCCGACCGCUUGUCUCCUUCAUCAGUUCCAGAUGAGGCCGGCGAGCCGCCCUCUGUGCGCUUGCAUCGUGGCAGCGAGGUGAGGCUUGCGUCUGUGGAGGAAAUCCGGAAGCAUGAGAACGAGAAUGCUUUGAUGGAGCAUCCGGCGGAGGACCAAGCGUUGGAGGAAACUACCAAAGAUCUGGAGGCGGUGAAGCUUGAUCAAGCUGACGCCGAGGGCGCCGAGAAGGUGGUUCUCGGCGAGGAGGAGCGGAGUGUCCAGUCUUAAGAUGCCUUCCCUUCAUUCUGACUUGCGCUACGACGAGUCCUUCCUGCAGCGAUAGUGGAUCUGUCGUACUUCCAAUCAUGGAUGCCUUUCAUGCGAGCUAGACGAAUGUCAAAGGCAU